UCAGAAACCUGCAUAAAUAAUGUCCUUAUGUAGUGCUAAGUUUCAAUGCGGAACAGUCGAAGCAAGUAAAUGGCUCUUUGAUAUACUAGCUUUAGAUUAACCUCAGGAAAUAAUGGCCCUUGAUUACAACAACAUAGCUACAGUUGUGGGAGCAGAGAGCUUCCAAGAAGCGGCUAUAAUCUUAGAAGGUCCUCCUAUCGAGAUAUUCGCCCAAAGAGCAGCACCAACAGUAGUAUUCAAACCUCUACGACAAACCAGGGGAAGGUUUUACUAUGAAUGCAAAACAGCCACAGCAGGAUACAUGCAACUGGGCUGGGCUGAUGAAGAUUUCCAAGCCAUCGCCGAGCAAGGGAAAGGUUGUGGUGAUGAUGCACAUUCUUGGGCAUACGAUGGCAAACGAUGCUUAAAAUGGCAUGAAAAUAAGAAAGAAAAGUACGGUGAAGCAUGGAGCGCUGGCGACGUUAUCGGAAUCGCGAUAGAUAUAGACCAACGUCAAAUAAUGUUCUCGCUUAAUGGCAAGGACUAUGGAAAGGCUUUCGAAAAUAUUUCCAUCAGUGGAGGUAUUUAUCCUUGCAUGUCACUUGCUCGAGGAGAGAGAGUUCAAAUAUUCCUAGGAAACGAAUCUGACCCAUUUAAUCAUCAGCCUCCUGCCAGCUUCCUGCCUCUGACCAUCGCCUUUCCUCCAGAGGUCAUCAAAGAGGAUCCUUACAACAAGUUCUCCAGCAUUGCUAAAGUGAUCAACAUGGGACUUUCAGAGCACAGUUUUAGUGUGUCAUUCCCAGGUGAGAUGAUGGUAACGAUGAUGAGACGUGGCCUAGACUACGAAGCCAAAAAGAACGCGCUGAUUCACGGGGGCUACGAGGCGACCUUGAAAAAAUGGCAACAAAUCAAAGACACUUUGGGAAACAUUGAUAACAUUGGCUUAACAAAUGAUGAGAUAUAUGUAGUUAUAUGCUAUACUCUUGAAAAGCCUCCAGUUUAUCGAUACUUUAAUGGAGACUCAAGAAAAGGCUAUGGCGGUGAUGGAAUGGAUUUCCCUAUUUUGACUUACUUGCUCCGAGAAGCUUGCAGAAAAAUUUUGGCAGCGACGCCGAAGCAAGAACGCACAAAAAUCGUAUACAGAGGAGUUUCUGUCCCGUUUGCUGCUGAAGUUGGGCAGAAAGUACGCUUUGGGUCAUACACGUCCACAACAGCCAAUAGGCAAGUUGCAGACGAGUUUAGGAAGACUUCUGAGGGAACACAAUUCGUCAUUGUGACCAAGAUCGGAGCUCCUAUCAAGAUGUUUUCGGCUUUCCCUGAAGAGGAAGAAGUGCUUCUCCCUCCGUACGAGAUAUACCGAAUCCACAGAAUUGAAGAGUCCCCAAGUGUCAUUCACUUGGCAAGCGUUUUUGAAGACGACUUUGUGGACAGAUAUGUUGCUGAUGGUAAUGCUGUGUACGAAGCAAAUAAUAUGGCAAAAAAUGCUUAAUGAACACUAUGGUCAUUGUAGGGAUAAUACACAUUGUGGGGACAUAACAUAUCAUGGAGAGAUCAUGCACACAUUAUGUGUACAUCACAUCACUCGCAUUAUUAUGGGAAAAUGGUGACAUCACACAUUAUGGGGACAUCACGCAUUAUGGGUAAUCACACAUUAUGGGGACAUCACACAUUCAGUGGGGACAUCACACAUUAUGGUGACAUCACACAUUCA